CAAAUGUUUGCCAAAUCCAGAGGAUUUUUUUAAAGUACAUUAUCUAAAUAAAAAAACUCUAAACUAGACACAGUAAGUAAUAUUGCUAAGUUAAUUGAUGCAUCACAGAGAUGUGCCUAAUGUUGUGGACGUGCUAAGUAACACAACGUCCAUAAACGGGACGAAAAGGGAGCUAAAAGUGGCUUGUAAUGCUCUUAGCGAGGUCUUAAACAACAAUGGCUAUAAAUUGAAGGCUUCCAUGCACUUUUCAAUCUGUACUGGCCGUCUGGACUCUUUUGUCUCGUAGCAGUGUUUCACGCACGCCAUCUGCUCGUCGUAUUAGCGACGGCUUUAACAGCCCCGAGCCGGCUGCUUUCGCCCAAUAUUGCUUUUUCGCGGUUUUAGUUUUUUUUUUUGCUAGCCGAGUAAAUAACAUUACAGUGCGUCAAUUGAAUGUAACGGUGUUUGGUUAUCGUUAUCGUCCCGCUUCCCUUCUGGUGCCACUUUUUUAUUUUUUUUUGGAGCUCCAUCCGCGGCGGUCCGGGAAGGAGAAGUCAUCCGGGAUGCUCGCCUCUCUCCCCGCAGCGUGCCCGCCGUCCCCUUCGCGACUUGGUGUGCAUGCAAAAAGUGUGCCGUGUUGACAAGAGCGGUGCUUUUCAAGAGAGCGGAAGAUGCUCACGUGGAUUCUGGAGCUAAAAGUGCCAGAUCGGACUCCAGUAGGAUGUCAACAUCUGCCGCUGAGCUCAUGAGCCGGCGCACCCGCGAGCAGCACCGGCAGCGUCUCUUAGUUCUCAACUUGCACCUGCUGGCAAACCCCGGAGACUCUCUGCUGCUGCAGCACAGCCUGGACCGUCUGCUGCGCUGGCUCUGCCCGAGCCUCCACGUCUUCCACGUGUCGGAGAGGGCUUCUCCUCACAGAGGCUUCGCUCGUCUCUGUCCGGUGGCCGGCUCCCCUUCUCUGGCCAUCACUUUCUUUCUCCAUGAGGCUUAUGGAGAAGAGCGGAUCCUCAAAGUUCUGGACUUCUUCCAGCGGCCGCCCUGGCAGUACCACCACACAGAAAACUGUGGCGGUAAAUCAGCCGGGGUCCACAUUUCCUCCAGCGGCUCCACCGUGAACGCCUUGCUGCGCCCCUACCUCCUGCCCAGUCGAGACUUCUACAGCCUGGGCGCGGGGAUGCCCGUGUGGGGCGUCCGACCGGUGCACUGCGGGGGGGAGAUCCUGCGCGUGACGCUGUACAGCGGCUACGACAACUACGAGGACGCCGUGCGCUUCUAUGAGACGGUGCUGCAGCAGCAGGCGGAGGAGCAGAAGACGGGCUUCUGCUGGUUCACCCUCCACACGGAGCCGGGCCUUUGCCUGCAGCUCGCGUUAAAGCAAGUGUCAGCAGGGGUCCGCGUAGAGGCGUGUAACUCUGCUGUGCUGCAAUUCAGUGUGGAGGAAAUCGGCCAGUUGGUCCCUCUGCUGCCCAACCCUUGUACACCCAUCAGCACCUCUCGCUGGCAGACCGAAGACCUGGAUGGAAACAAAGUUCUAUUUCAGGUGAAAACCCCGACGCAAGCCAAGCCACCUUUGACCUGCGCAUUCCCCCUGACCUGCCCCACUCUGGCGACGCAGCUAAAGGGUGGAGGACACACCCAAAACCUGUCGCCCAGCAACCUCCAAGCUCCGCCAGCCUGGCAAAGCCACAGACAUGGCGUGAGAGCCGCCAGUGACAUCUCUGUGCAGAAGCUUCCGGGAAGCCAAGGGUCAAGUAGCUGCUGCAGCACUCCUCCGGGCAGCUCUUGCUACUCGUCCCAAGGCAGCAGCCCCGCCCCCCAGCCCGCCUCCGACUCACCCCUGCGCACCCCGAUCACCCGUUCGCUCUCUCAUCUACUGCUGGAGGAGGACGAGGACGACGACGGGGAGACCAACGUGGACACGGGCGCCAUGAUGACCGCCAUCACUCGCUCUUCCUCCGUGGAUCUUUUGAACUCGCGUCGGCCAGGGACACCCGCUGCCGACGCACGCACCCCCUCCAGUCUUUCCUUGGCUCGCUCCGACGACACCAGGACGCACCCUGACUGUGCCCGAUUCCCGCUACGGCGAGGCUGGCGGCACCGCCAUGGAGCGUUUUUCCAAGCCGCUGUCAUCACGCGUAAAUGUCGGGGAGCCGGCCGAUGAGUUCUUCAUCUGAGGACGCCGGAGAACAACUUAACAAAAACAUGACCUGAACCACACAAAAGUCUCGCUGUGCGUAAUGUGCCACUUUCAAGUAUUUCAUAACGUCGGUUUGACUGAGACCAGAAAAUGCCACAGAAACGAGUGUAAAUAAUAGUCCAAGAUUCCAGAGUGCAGUAC